AUGAGUCGCAAUUUCAUACCCGUCGCUCUCGCUAUUGGAGUGGGCGUCUAUACAGGCUACUACACCUUCCAACCCGCAUUCCAGGAACUUGCUGCUGAAAAGACACAAGGCAACGGGCCUGCUAUUCCUCAGUCUGGUGCAGGAUUGAACUCAGGUGCCACUGCGCCCCCGGCAGGUGCCAAUGCCCAGAGCGCAAAGCCGGCGUCUGGGACAACCGAAGCUGAAAAGCAUCAAUGA